AUGAAGGGUGCUCUGCUUACCGCAGCUGUGCUGCUGGGCUCCGCUCAAGCUGGUGUCCACAAGAUGAAGCUCAAGAAGGUACCCUUGAGCGAGCAGCUUGAGAGCGUUCCGCUCGAGACUCAGAUGAAGCAUCUCGGUCAGAAGUACAUGGGUAUUCGACCGGACACCCACUCUGACGCCGUCUUCCGCGAGGGAGCUGUGCAGGUCGACGGCCUCCAUCCCGUCCCUGUCAGCAACUUCAUGAACGCACAGUACUUCUCCGAGAUCACCAUCGGCACGCCACCUCAGUCCUUCAAGGUUGUCCUCGACACUGGCAGCUCUAACCUCUGGGUUCCAUCUCAAUCUUGCGGUAGCAUUGCAUGCUAUCUGCACCAGAAGUACGACUCGUCUUCCUCUUCAACCUACAAGAAGAACGGCACCUCUUUCGAGAUCCACUACGGCUCCGGUAGCUUGAGUGGUUUCGUGUCUCAGGAUGUCAUGACAAUUGGUGAUCUCAAGAUCAAGUCCCAGGACUUCGCUGAGGCAACUAGCGAGCCCGGUCUUGCGUUUGCAUUUGGCCGAUUUGAUGGUAUCCUCGGUCUUGGCUACGACACCAUCUCUGUCAACAAGAUGGUCCCACCUUUCUACAACAUGGUCAACCAGAAGCUUCUUGACGAGCCUGUUUUCGCCUUCUACCUAGGCGGCAAUGAUGAGGGAGAUGAGUCCGAGGCUGUUUUCGGCGGCGUUGACAAGGAUCACUACACUGGCAAGAUCACCACCAUUCCUCUGCGCCGCAAGGCUUACUGGGAGGUUGAUCUUGAUUCCAUCUCAUUCGGUGAUGCCACUGCUGACUUGGAGAAAACCGGCGUUAUUCUGGACACCGGCACUUCUCUGAUUGCUCUGCCCUCUAACAUGGCGGAGAUGAUGAACAAGGAGAUUGGCGCCAAGAAGGGCUAUAACGGACAGUAUUCAGUUGAGUGCGACAAGCGUGACAGCUUGCCGGAUGUCACUUUCACCCUCAGCGGCUACAACUUCAGCAUCACCCCGUACGACUACAUCCUCGAAGUCUCCGGCAGCUGCAUCUCCACCUUCAUGGGUAUGGACUUCCCCGAGCCCGUUGGCCCCCUCGCCAUUCUCGGCGAUGCUUUCCUACGGAAGUGGUACUCCAUCUAUGAUCUCGGCUCCAACACUGUUGGUCUUGCCGCGGCCAAAUAA